AUGCGGUUCUUCGUGGGCACGGUGCUGCAGUACCAGCUGCACAGGGCGGCGUGCCGCGCGGCCGGCAAGUUCGACCCGGACAACCCGGCCAGGAUGCCGCUGCACAAGUGCGACGUCUACCGCAGCCCGGAGGCCGGGGAAGUGCUCAGGCGGCUGAUGCGUCCGGGCUCGUCGGCGCCGUGGCAGGAGGCGCUGCGGCUGGCCACCAACGAGUCGCAGCUGGACGGCUCGGCCGUCAGGGACUACUUCCGGCCGCUCGAGGACUGGCUCGCCCAGGAGAACCAGCGCACCGGGGAGUACGUCGGCUGGCUCUACGAUGGUGAUUACUGUAAGCAGAGUAUCGAGACAGCCAACUUGCAGGUCUCCGGUGGCUACUACAAUGCAGCAGUGGUUUGCAGCCCUACUGUAGUUGUGAUGCUCAUCCCCCUCUUGGUUACACAGUUUCUAGUUGCAAGUGGUGUCUAGUCAGAGUGGUUAAAUGUAUGAAUCUCACUGUCAUUAUUACCCAUGGUAGAGAUAGAAGAGAAAAAAAGAGUUGUAUAUAUAAAUACAGUAUAAGACAUGUCAUUACAAAUAAAAUUCAAU